GCCACUGCAGGUCCCAGCAGUAGACAGCAGCGUGCCGAAGACAUCGGAACUGGUGGGCAUCACGACCAGGGAUGAUCCUCAUGGGAAGCGGAACAGAGAUGUUUGAUGCCUUCAUCUGUUACUGUCAGAAGGACCUUCAGUUUGUCCAGGAGAUGAUCAGAGAGCUGGAACAAACAGAGUUCAAACUGAAGCUCUGUGUGUUUGACCGGGACGUCUUGCCAGGAACGUGUGUGUGGUCCAUCACUGGAGAACUUAUAGAAAGGAGGUGUCGGAGGAUGGUGGUCGUCAUUUCAGAUGAUUACCUGGAAAGUGAUGAGUGUGAUUUCCAGACCAAAUUUGCUCUUAGUCUUUCCCCAGGCGCUCGUCUCAAGCGGCUCAUUCCGGUCAAGUGCAAAACCAUGAAGAACGAGUUCCCCAGUAUCCUGCGGUUCAUUACGAUUUGUGAUUACACCAAUCCCUGCAAAAAAAUGGUUCUGGACAAGACUGGCAAAAUCUCUCUUGCUGCCAUAAUGCAAACCUAUGAGAGCCUGAUGUUACAUUUUUUACUUUUUUAA